CAUGAGUCUACUACUCGGUACUCCUGUCUCCGAAAUGGCUUAUCAAAUCAGUUGUGCGGUUUUUGUUUUCUAUAUUUAUUGAGUUAAGUAAUGUAAAUUAAUUUAAUUCUUUUUUAAAAAAUAAAACUACCGAUUUUUAUAAUUUGCAGACUAUCAUGACAGACCCCAAGCACUCGGCUGUGCAAAACAUUGCACCCACAAUUGAUCAAAUUAAUGCUGAUCGAAUUACUCAAUUGGCCUCUAGAUAUUGGGCUCCAAACGUCUCUCCAGAUCAUUAUUUGCCGUUCGACAAGCAAGUAAUUGAAAAUAUAUACACUGAAGAAAUUAAAAAAUCAAAUUUUUCAAUAAGACGUAUUAUGAUAUUGGAAUUUAGUCAGUAUUUAGAAAACUAUUUGUGGCCAAAUUAUAAAUCAAGUAAUUCUACUUUUGCCCACAUGAUGUCUAUUGUUAUUAUGCUAAAUGAAAAGUUCCGAGAGCGUGUAGCUCCAUGGCAGGCCUUGAAAAAACUUCCAGAUGAAUUUGAUGGUUUUAUUGAUCAAGUUUUAUGUUCGUGUCUUUCAGAAAAAUAUAGUAUCAAAGAGCAAAUAUCACUAAUUAUUUUCUUAAACCACUGUUUCCAAUGUAUGGAAACAGAUUUAGUAAGGAAUAAAAUGAAAAAACUAGUUUCAAUAUCUAUUUGGUGCAGUUUACAAGAGAGGCGUAGAUUAAUGGAGCUACGUCAGGUGCCUAAAUGGCAGAAAUUGUGGAAUAAACUUAAGAAAAAAGAUAAAGAACUAUCAGCCAAAAAUAAAGAAAGAGCUGAUCUUGAACGGACAUUUUUACAUCAACUGUGUAUUAAGUUUAUUACCAUAUUAGAAAGUAUACCCCUAGAAGGUGAAAUAUGCAUGGAUAGAUUAAAUUACAGUGAACGGUUUUUGGAAAUGCUGAUUGAUUUAGAAACUUCUUUGCCCACCAGAAGAUUUUUCCAUGUUGUUUUGGAUGAUGUUCACUUACUUGAUCGUUGUUUCUUGGCUCCAUUGAGUAAACGUCUCGAAGGUCAUCUUUUUAAACAACUGUUGGAUAUUUUAAAAUUUUACUUCCACUUUGAAAUCUGUCAAUCAACUGGUGACCCUAUGACAGAAAAUGAAGUUAUGCUUGCACAUUAUGACAAAGUUGCAUCAUUGCAGGCUGCAGUGUUUGGAAAGUUUACAAAACUUAAAGAUUUUGCAUUAUCAAAUAUUAAUGCUCUUGAUAAUUAUGAUUCUCUCAUAAAACAUUUCAAAAGUUUGAGCAACGAAGAACUUCAGGAAAUUGCAAUGGAUUUAAAUUUAAUUCCUGACCAAGAAAAGCGACAAUCAGAAAAUUGGUAUCGAUAUGAUUCCGAGUUUUUGUUAUCAUUAUUAAUAUCAAGACACGAAGCUAGAGAGUCGCAACUAAAACUUUUAAACAGUAUGCCUCUUUAUCCAACAGAAGACAUUAUAUGGAAUGAAGCUGUUGUGCCGACUGAAUACUAUAAUGGAAAUAAUUGCUUAGCGUUACCCAAAUUAAAUUUGCAAUUUUUAACUCUUCAUGAUUAUUUACUCCGUAACUUCCAAUUAUUUCGUUUAGAAUCUACAUAUGAGAUUAGACAAGAUAUUGAAGAUACUAUUACUCGCAUGAAUCCUUGCAAAUCUGAAGAUGGCGGAGUUUACUUCAGCGGUUACUCAAAAAUGUCCUUACCUAUUGAUAGCUUUUUGAUUGUUGAAGUUUCUAAACCUAAUCUUGGUGAUAGGCAACCUUCACGUGUUAGAGGUGAUGUUUCAAUAACGUUGAGUGUGAAAAAAGACGUUCAAGAAGAAUGGGAGAGUAUUCGUAAACACGAUGUUUGUUUCUUAAUAACUAUUAAAGCAACUCAACCUAUUGGUUCAAGAAUUGAGUAUAAUAAACCAUUCCUUCAACAGACAGAAAUAGUUAGUGUUCGAGGUUGUGAAGUCGAAGGUAUGUUAGACAAUAUGGGCCGAGUAAUUGAAGAAGGUCCUGAUCCUAGACCAGUGUUACCAGGUCAAAAAAGAACUUAUCGAGUCUGGUUGGAUUGUAAUCAGUAUAGAAAAGAUCUUGACGAUGUUGCUGACGGAAAGCCUGAUAUUUAUGAAAGCUUUAACGUACUAAUGCGUAGGAAACCAAAAGAAAAUAAUUUCAAAGCUGUAUUAGAAACAAUUCGUCAUUUAAUGAACACUGAAUGUGUUGUACCGGAAUGGAUCCAUGAUAUAAUUUUAGGAUAUGGUGAUCCUUCAGCUGCCCGUUAUGAUAAAAUGCCAAAUAGAAUCAAAUCCAUGAACUUCAAUGACACUUUUUUGGAUAUGAAUCAUUUGUUGACUAGUUUUCCAAAUCAUCAAAUAGUUUCUUAUGAUAACAAUGUUAAAGAAAUGUUACCGCCGUAUCGCAUUCAUUUUCAAGACACAAUUGACUCAAAUGGUAAAGAAACGAAAAAAGCAAUAGUUCAGUCAGUGAGAGCUGUAAACAGAGGACCUUAUAAAUAUAACCAACCAAAAAAAAAUACAAUUCGUUUUACACCUACACAAAUUGAAGCAGUUUAUUCUGGCAUGCAACCUGGACUUACAGUUGUUGUUGGUCCACCAGGAACAGGAAAAACUGAUGUUGCUGUGCAGAUUAUUUCUAACUUAUAUCAUAAUUGGAGAAAUGAACGUACAAUGAUCGUCACUCAUUCUAAUCAAGCAUUAAAUCAACUAUUUGAAAAAAUCAUGGCAUUAGACAUUGAUGAAAGACAUUUGUUGCGUUUGGGUCAUGGAGAAGAAGCUUUAGAAACUGAUAAAGAUUUCAGUCGAUACGGACGAGUAAACUAUGUUCUAGCAAAAAGACUCCAACUGUUGAAUGAAGUGCAACGUCUACAAGACCUUAUGAACGUAAAAGGAGACAUGUCAUAUACUUGUGAAACUGCCAUGCACUUUUUUUGGUCUCACGUACUACCCCAAUGGGAUACUUAUUUAUCAACAUUAAAAAAUUUAGAAGAAAGCUCUUGUGCUAUCUCAAUAACUUCAGUGCAAGAUAAUUUCCCAUUUACCUUGUUCUUCAGUGAUGCCCCUCAACCAUUGUUUAAAUGUCAGAGUUUAGAAGAAGACAAAGAAAUAGCUCGUGGCUGUUUUAGGCAUAUCAAAAAGAUAUUUAAACAACUCGAUGAAUUUAGAGCAUUCGAAUUGCUCAGAACUGGCUUAGAUCGUUCACGGUACUUGUUGGUGAAAGAAGUAAAAAUCAUUGCAAUGACGUGUACGCAUGCAGCAUUAAAGAGAAAAGAGCUCAUUGAACUCGGAUUUAAAUAUGAUAAUAUUUUAAUGGAAGAAUCUGCACAAAUAUUAGAGAUUGAAACGUUUAUACCUUUGUUGCUUCAAAACUCUGAUGAUGGAUUUAGUAGACUGAAAAGAUGGAUAAUGAUUGGCGAUCAUCAUCAAUUGCCUCCUGUUAUUAAAAAUAUGGCUUUCCAGAAAUAUUCCAAUAUGGAGCAAUCUUUAUUUACUCGAAUGGUAAAUUUGGGUGUACCGACUAUUGAUUUGGACGCUCAAGGGCGUUCUCGAUCGAGUUUAAGCCAACUGUAUAAUUGGCGUUAUAAUAACUUGGGCAAUCUAAACCAUGUGUUAUCAACACCUGAAUAUCACAAAGCCAAUGCUGGUUUCUACUACGAGUAUCAACUAAUUGAUGUCGGUUUAUUUAACGGUGUUGGUGAAACUGAACCAAAUCCUCAUUUUAUCCAGAAUUUAGCUGAAGCCGAAUACUGUGUGUCGGUUUACAUGUACAUGAGACUUAUUGGAUAUCCAGCACAUAAAAUUACUAUAUUAAGUACAUAUAAUGGGCAAAAACAUUUAAUCAGAGAAAUUAUAAAUAUGCGAUGUGGCUCUAAUCCGCUCAUUGGAUGGCCUCAUAAAGUUACUACUGUGGAUAAAUACCAAGGUCAACAAAAUGAUUAUGUAUUACUGUCGUUAGUCAGGACAAAAACAGUUGGUCAUUUAAGAGAUGUCAGGCGUCUUGUUGUCGCUAUGUCAAGAGCUAGACUUGGCCUAUAUGUUUUCGCUAACGCAUCACUCUUUGGAAACUGUUUUGAACUUUCACCGACCUUCAAUAUUUUGACACAACGACCUCUAAAAUUACAAUUGUUGCCCACUGAUUUUUAUCCUACUAAUAGAUUACUUGAUAGUAAAGAAGAUGUGCAACAACAAGUUUUUAUUGUACAAGACAUGCCCCAAAUGGCAAAAUAUGUAUUUGAUUUUUAUUUAGAGAGAGUCCAGGCUUUGAAACAAAUGCAUCAGGAAAUAAAACCUGUUGAAAACUUUAUAAAACCUGGUACUGUAGACUCAGUUAAGAAGAAGAGUAAUAUACCUGCACAUCCUGGAGCUGAAUCUGAUUCUGAUUCUGACUCCGAAAAUAAUACUGAAGAAAAUGUAGUACAAACGGAUCUGAUUAAAGCUACAGAGAAUCGUUCUCCAGCUAAAGCUGAUGACAAUGAUGAAACAAUGGAAGAAGAUUAACUUGACACUUAUAUGGUAUAACUUAUAAUUUCCAUGUAAAUAAUUAAAAAAAGUUAUACUUACAUUGAACGUAAUUUUUUAAAUGUGUAUUGCAUUAAACCCUUUAAGUUUAUUUGUAUUUUUUUAAUAAAAAAUUAUUAUAAAAGUGAUAAGCCCUUA